AUGGACAUUUACCGCGAGCUGCGGGCCAACGAAGCAGUCCGUACCGCCGCCCUUCUCAGUGAUGGGCCGUGGAAGGUGCGUGACGGCGUGCUCGGUCGCAGCAUGGAGGACAUGAUCCACCUGGCCGCCCAGAUCCAAGUUCCUGCCACCGAAGAGGCCGUCGGCCGUGCCAUUGCCGAGAUGAUCAGUUGUGCGGCGGCGACGUGCGGCGGAGUGCAUCCGCUACCCGACAAAGAGCGCAAAAUUGACUUCUUUCUGUUGCACAACGUCACGGCUUCUCUGUCUCUGAGUGUUCUCAACCAGCAGUCGUGGAUCAAGAUCGAAGACAAGGCACGACUGAUUGAAUACAAGGCCCGUCUCGAUCUGGUUUGGUAUGCAGGGUCAGCUGCCCCCGAGGUUGAUUUGGAACAACACCUCGUAGGCUAUGUGCCGGCACCUGACGCAGUCAAUUCACGAGGCACAAACUGGCAGACACUGUAUGCAGCCGUAAAUCAGCACCAUGAUGACGGGCACGUGGCCAAGUUUGUGCGGGCGUGUCGCAACGGAGAAGAAGCGACAGCACCAUAUGAAAAAUUGGCCGAAACCCUUGACUGGUUGCCUGUGCACGGCGACCUGUGGCUCAAACUAGCCCAGCUUUGCUACGACACAACUUAUCAGUAUGCUGACGGACAGAAGAAAUGGGUGUGGGGGACUGGGUUUGCGGCGAUGUGGGAGAAUGUUCGGGAUACUAAGUAG